AUGGACGAAGCGUCAAUGUGUGAAAGACGGGCGCUUGCGGCACUGGACCAUGCAUUGAAAGACUUAACUGGCGUCCAUCAUCGACCGUUCGGUGGAAAAACGAUGUUACUUGGCGGGGACUUCAGGCAAUACGCACCAGUCAUUCCGCAUUCUCAUGCAGGCUCAAAUAUUGCAGAGUCCAUUAAAAGUAGUAAUCUUUGGCCGGAAUUUCAUCUUCUUCGUCUCACGCAGAACCUACGAGUGGAACCAGGAGAAUCAGAUUUUGCCAACUACCUUCUCCGUAUAGGAGAUGGAUCCGCCAACGUUGCCGACACUGACAUAACCAGCAUUCCUGACAAUAUACUAUUUCAUGGUUCAAUUCAAGAUCUUAUCAACUGGGUAUAUGAAAGCAACCUUGCCGAACCGAACCCUGACAACGCAUUACUGUGCCCCCGCAACGACCACUGUGAUUAUAUAAACAAUCUAAUCCUCGACAGACUUGAAGGUCAGCAACGCAUUUACUUCUCCGAAGAUCAGCUUAUAGAUCCAUCCGCCGCAUCAAUUGCUGACUACCCACAUGAACUCCUCAACCACGUCGAAGUUGCUGGCUUGCCUCCGCAUGAGAUUCGCCUCCGUGUGGGCGCCAUCGUGAUGCUCAUACGAAAUAUGUCUCUUAUAGAUGGAUUGGUAAACGGGACAAGACCACGUAUCACGUCUCUCGGAAACCAGAUUUUCAGAGCAACGAUAAUUAUUGGCACCAAUAUUGGACAAGACGUUAUAAUACCACGAAUAAAAUUAAUACCCAGCAACAGUACCUUGGGGGUGGAUUUUAGCCGAAAGCAAUUUCCGGUAAAGCUCGCAUUUGCCAUGACCAUUAAUAAAUCACAAGGACAGACACUUAAACGUGUGGGCAUAUACCUUAGAGAUCCAGACCACGGACAAUUGUAG